AUGAGGUUCAGUCAGUUGUCCUAUAUUGUCGCACUGGCUGGGAGCCAGCUCGUCGCCGGCGAUGGAGAGGCUCACGGCGAGGGCCUCGAAAGUAGUGUCAUGGGCCCCGUUGCUUUCCUCUGGCCUGAUGACAGACCAUGGAGCGCUUCAACCGACAACGUAGGGCCUUGCGGAAGCCCCAGCGGUGUAACUAAUAGAACUGCAUUCCCACUCACUCAGGGAACUGUUGCCCUAUCAAUCGCUGACGAUGCCUGGAAUGUCAACUUCUCCAUCGCAUAUGACAAUACACCUACUAUCCAGAGCCAGUUCAGUCAGCAAGUUGUUAGCGAUGUCACGGAGAUUGAGCCUGGCCACCAAUGCUACAAGAUUGCCGAUAUCCCAAAUACUGUAGCCGCGGGAACCAAUGCCACAAUACAGUUGGAAUAUUGGUCGAACGUUGACAAUGAGCUCAAUGGUAGAAAUCAGACCUUCUACGCUUGCGCUGACAUUACCUUCGUCGAGCCUAAAGACAUGGAGAUUCAACCUCCUUGCUUCAACGUAACAUCAACAGACUUCGAAUCCGGCGAUUCAUCUUCCACUUCUACCCCAGCACCAAGUGCGACAAAUGCUGUAUCUGACGCAAACUUGGCCCCUAGCUCGAGCUCAUCCGGCGAUGGUCUAUCAGGUGGCGCAAAGGCAGGCAUUGCCGUUGGCGUAAUUGUGGCUUCUCUUGCUAUUGUGGGCGUUAUUGCAUUUGUACUCCUCCGGAGACGCAAGACCCAGACGCUUGACAAUGAAGCAAUAGCUGCCGCUUCAAAGAACCAACCCGAGGUUGCCUCUAUAAACAGCCAGAGACCUUAA